CUUUAAAGUGUUUGAUACUCGUAACGACGCAUUUAAUUUCUUUAAUGCAAAUCCUUGAGCCUGAAGGCGGUGAGCGGGGAUUCAGUUUAUCAAUCAGUUCGAACUCACGCGACGUCAUUUCAAUCGUCCCCGAAUUCCGAGUUUCUUCCCUGCCGACCAUUUUAUUUGGACUUUGAACUACCAAGUCUCUCCUUGAAAACGGUCAUACCAAUCGCACCAUGUUUCCCACGGCAAGGUGCUUCGCUGCGAAGCCCGCAGGGUUCUUCAAGCGCAGCGCAGACGAACUGGGCCGCCUGUCAAAAAUCGCCUGGAACUCGGAAGCCUUACAUACCCCAACGAAACCCUACGUCCUCCUCGACUUCGAAGAUGAUUCCACUGUCGCCGGAUGCAAGACAAUGGCCGACCGCGCCGUCGGAGGAUUCAGCACUGCCAGUUUAGACUACGUCCCUGCCGACCCAGCGACUCAUUCGCCCGCACACGCUCGAUUCCACGGAAGUAUCUCGACGAAGCUACCCAAUAACUGGCGCGUAGAACGGACGGGAUACGCGGCUUUCCGUAACAAAGACCGGGGCCUGUGGCUCUUUGGACGACUUUUCUGGGAUAUGGAUCCCUAUUCUUACCUCGCUUUGCGCGUUAAGUCCGACGGACGUAGGUACACUGUGAAUAUUCAGACGGAUUCGAUCGUCGAGACGGAUAUCCACCAGCACCGACUGUAUACUCGGCAUCAUAGGGUUCAGGAGGCUUCGGAUGAGUACCUCUCGUCGCAUGCGGCUGAUGAGGCGGCGGAGUCGUCGGAGUUGGAGGAGGAGGACGUGUAUCCAAGCCGCAUGCCGGCUUCUCUUUCUGAUGUUCCGCCAGAAUCGACUAUCAUGUCGACGUCGACCAGUACGGAGACAGCGGGAACGACGGGUUGGGAGACGAUCUUGUUACCGCUUAACGCGUUCGUGCGGACGAACCAUGGAUUGGUGGUUGAGCCACAGACGUCUAUCCUGCGGCAGCGGGUGAAGAGUAUCGGUAUUGGACUUACAGAUCGGGUGGAGGGUCCAUAUGAUCUGCGGAUCCAUAAGAUCUGGGCUACGAAUGGUAUGAGUGAGGCGGAGAUCGAGGAGGAGAGACGUAUCUGUGGCGCGGAUGCGUUGCCUCUGGACGAGGGCGUCCGGACUGGCUGGACGCAGGGGUCUGCGCAACAGCAUGCGAGUCAAGCGGAGGCGCCAAAAGCGAAGAAGGGAUUGAAGGCGUUGCGUUCCGAGUGGGAUCAGUGAAUGGAUAUUAGGUUUAAUUUGUAUAGUAAUUUCUAUUUUUAGGUCUCUAUACCAGUUUUCAACUUGACCAGUAAAGAUUUCC